GCAUCGAUCUCCACUCAAAUUAGCCACUCCACUCCAAGCAAACCGAGUCUCACUUACUCUGAGCUUCUCUACACAUCCAGUGCUACUCCAGUUUAAUUAGCAUCCGCCACCAUGAGCGUGGAGAUCCUCGACGGCAAGACGGUGCGGAGCUUCGUGGAGGACGAGGGCGCCUUCAACUCCUCGGUCGACGGCCGCUUCGCCGCGCUCGACGCCAACCGCGACGGCGUGCUCUCCUACGCCGAGAUGGCCGGGGAGCUGAUGAGCCUCCGCGUGCUGGAGAAGCACUUCGGCGCCGACGAAGACGAGGCCGCCAUGGGCGCCGACGAGCUCGCGGCGCUGUACCGCGGGCUGUUCGCGCGGUUCGACCGCGACGGCAGCGGCGGCGUCGACCUGGAGGAGUUCCGGGCGGAGAUGAAGGAGGUGUUGCUCGCCGUCGCCAACGGGCUAGGGUUCUUGCCGGUGCAGAUGGUCGUCGAGGAAGGCAGCUUUCUCAAGGUGGCCGUCGACAGGGAGCUCGCCGGAGCAGCUGCCUAAACUGAACUAAUUACAGAGCAAAAAAGGAGUUUCAUAUUUUACACUUCCACGAUUUUGUUGUGAUUCAUUAUUCUUUUUAGAUAACUAGAAGGCCACUCUAUUGAGUAAUUUCAUUGAUACUUAAUUACUUAUAUAUACACGGAAGGAUACACGGUGUAAUAAUGCAUUAGUUUUUUCAUGUUAUUCUCAAAUCACUAGUCUUUUAUUAUUAUUAUUUUGCCUAGCAUAAAAGAAGAUAGUUGAUCUUGUACGGAUGUCUACGUGAGGAAAUGAAAUACCAGUUUUGGGAUUUUGGAUUACA